AUGAGCUAUGCAACAAGCCUGCUAGCUGCAUAUCCAUCAUCAUAUGGUACGUCAACAUUACUUAGUGAUAAUCUUGUUAGACGUUCAUCUUUUGAUAAUCUUUAUCAACCAUCAGUACUUUAUGGAAGUACAGAUCGAUUAUUGAGUGAUGAUUUAGCAUUUAAUCAAAUAACUCAUGAUAUACCAACAUAUCAUCCACCGUUAUAUUCAAUUUCGAAUUCUACAUCUGUUUUUCCUACAACAAACUAUCAAAAUUCAACAACACAAAAUUUUCGUAGACCUGUUCCACCCAAUGAUUCAUUUGCUUCAUUGAAUGAUAUAACUGAAUAUUCCGAAAGUCUUGUAACAGCAUCAAAUACAAAUACAGCAUCAAGUGUAGCUCAUUCAAUCAAUGAUAAUAAUGUGAAUGGUUCAAUGAAUAUGUUUUCUCAUCAUCAACCAAAUUAUAAUAAAAUGCUAAAUAAUGUUGAUAGUAAUCGACAACCUAAAUCUAUUUGGAGUUCACAACAAACAAAAACGAAAGGACAAUCAAAUGAAAUAAGCAAAAAGUCAACAUUUAAAAAUCAAACACAAACAACAACAGUACGAACACAACCUUCAAUAGAUGCACAUAAAGAUUCUUCAAUUGAUAAAUUAAACGAUGACGUAACACCAGUUCAAUCACCACAACCACCAUUAGGAUUGACAAAACAUCAUAAUCAUCUUCAACGAAAUGCAACUAUGGCUGAAAUAGAAAAAAGAGCACCAUCAAUUGAUGUUCAAGCAUGGAUAAAUGACACAAAAAAAGGAUCACCUAUUGAUGAAAAACAAGCUGAACAAGUAUGGUCAGUUAAAAUUGGUCAAUUACAUAUGAUUCAAGCUCAAAAUGAAAAAGAAAAAACAAAAUCAUCACGUGCAUUACCUCAUGCACCAAAAAAAGUUGAUAAUAAACCAUUUGCUAGUAAAAUAAAACCAGUAACUAAUACAAAAUCUCGUGAACCAACAUAUGAAGCUCCACAUGAUUCAUAUUUUGAUACACUUUUUGAAGGAGAUUUUUUUCGUAAACCUUCAACAAAUAAUUAUUCUAUAAGUUCAUCGUUUCAUCAACCAAAAUCAACAAAAAAUAAAUUAACAAGUUCAUUAAAUAAUCUGAAUACAAAACAUGUUUCACAACGAAAAACAACACGAUAUGAGCCACCAACAACUAAACGUUCACAACCAGCAAUUACAACAACAUCAUGGAGAAAACAAUGGCCAAAACAAAAUGACAAUACCGCAAAACGUUUACAUUAUGGUGAUUAUGUUCGACAUUCAACAAAAGAUGCAUUACUUCAAACUGCUGUUAAACCAUCUCCAUGGUCCGAUUUCAUGGAUCUUAAAAAAGGAAAUCUUUAUUCACUUUCAAGAGAAGAAAAAAAAGAACUUUAUAAUCAAUCAAAAACAUAUGGUGAACGAGUUCGUUAUCGAAAUUUUGCUAUGAGUUACGAUACUGAAACAAGUCGAUCACAUCGUCAUUCUGCUCCGCUGACAGAUGAUAGUCAGGAAUAUGAAUCCGGUAAUGAAACACCACGUCAACGAAUGAAUAAUAGUGAUUCAAAAUCUGUUAGUCGUACAUCAAAACGACCUGGCUCAGGAUCAACAGCAAAUAAAACAUAUCCAAAACAAACAAGUAAUCGUGGUGGUAAUCGAUCAAUACCAAAUCAAAUAAGUCGUACAACAAUGCGUACUGAUCGAUCAAAUAUCAAUCGUCAAUCAGAAAAUGAUGAUGAUGAUGAUAUAUCAAAUCAUGAUAUAAAUCAUAAAUAUAAACAACAAUCAAAGAAAAAAAAUGUACGUUAUGCAAAACUUGAUUCCAAUGGACGAACAACAAAUAAUGAAGAUGAAAAUGACAAUAAAUUUCAUAAUCAUGGUCAACGAACUAUGCGUACAAAAAAUCGUGAUAUUGAUGAUGAUUUAUUUACUGUACGUGAAGAAAAAACCCUUGAAUCAUUUGAAGGUGCACGAUAUAAAAAACGAUAG